AUGAUGAUGAUGAUGAUGAUGAUGAUGAUGAUGAUGAUGAUGAUGAUGAUGAUGAUGAUGAUGAUGAUGAUGAUGAUGAUGAUGAUGAUGAUGAUGAUGAUGAUGAUGAUGAUGAUGAUGAUGAUGAUGAUGAUGAUGAUGAUGAUGAUGAUGAUGAUGAUGAUGAUGAUGAUGAUGAUGAUGAUGAUGAUGAUGAUGAUGAUGAUGAUGAUGAUGAUGAUGAUGAUGAUGAUGAUGAUGAUGAUGAUGAUGAUGAUGAUGAUGAUGAUGAUGAUGAUGAUGAUGAUGAUGAUGAUGAUGAUGAUGAUGAUGAUGAUGAUGAUGAUGAUGAUGAUGAUGAUGAUGAUGAUGAUGAUGAUGAUGAUGAUGAUGAUGAUGAUGAUGAUGAUGAUGAUGAUGAUGAUGAUGAUGAUGAUGAUGAUGAUGAUGAUGAUGAUGAUGAUGAUGAUGAUGAUGAUGAUGAUGAUGAUGAUGAUGAUGAUGAUGAUGAUGAUGAUGAUGAUGAUGAUGAUGAUGAUGAUGAUGAUGAUGAUGAUGAUGAUGAUGAUGAUGAUGAUGAUGAUGAUGAUGAUGAUGAUGAUGAUGAUGAUGAUGAUGAUGAUGAUGAUGAUGAUGAUGAUGAUGAUGAUGAUGAUGAUGAUGAUGAUGAUGAUGAUGAUGAUGAUGAUGAUGAUGAUGAUGAUGAUGAUGAUGAUGAUGAUGAUGAUGAUGAUGAUGAUGAUGAUGAUGAUGAUGAUGAUGAUGAUGAUGAUGAUGAUGAUGAUGAUGAUGAUGAUGAUGAUGAUGAUGAUGAUGAUGAUGAUGAUGAUGAUGAUGAUGAUGAUGAUGAUGAUGAUGAUGAUUAGAAAUAUGUGA